CUUAUCUGAAUUGAUCAGACAUUUGCCUCUGAAUAGUUAAGCAAUAUACUAGCUCUUAAUGGUUCAGACCUCUUACUGGUUCAGCACUUAAUGGUUCAGACCUCUGGUUCAGCACUUACCUAAAUAAGUUUUUGAGGAUGAGGCCAGCGGUGAAACGGAAAGAUGGCCAGCCAACUAAAGAUGGCGUCAUCGCACCGCUGCAUGCACCGUUCACGCACGGCUGAUGCUGGGCUUUACGCGUGUCCGUUCGGCGUGGGCCCCACUCGCCGUCUUCCUCCCCCACACUCUCCCGCGAACCCAACCCAAAAAAAGAAAAUCAAGAAAAACGUACAGAGGCAAUGGAACAGCGCACAAAGCAAUCAAUCCCAACAAUGGCGACCCGUUAUGGCCGCAAAACCCUUCAAAGCUUCCACAUUUAGGGAAUUACAGUACAAAAGUUUUGGUUUUCUGUGAAGAUCAAUUCACUUUGCCUAUUCACAGGCAAGGGUAUAAGAGGCAACAAUCACAACCCAUGACCAAUGUUGAUAUUUAUGGAAUGGAGGCUUUGAAAAAGCCCAGACUAGAUGCAUAUAAAGAGGAUGUGUUGGACCACCGGUUUAAUCGGAAACUACAUUUGGAAAAGAGUCUCAUUGAAUUGCAGGAAAAGAAUUAUGAGCUGAAGACACUGAUAGAGCACCAGAGACAGCAGAAUCAGAUACACAAACAUAUUUCUUUUAUGGGCCUUGAGGAACGUGCUGCUGUUCAAGCGGAACUAUCAGACUGGAAUCCAGCCCAAUUCUCUUCCCUACCUUACUUUGAUAGCGAUAUCUGUAUCCGACGGCUAAUGCAGUACUUAUAUCAUAUGAGGCGCCGACCAAUUAAUAAUGACAUCGACUAUUGGAGGAAGUUUAGUUCAGAAUAUUAUGCUCCUUGUGCUAAGCAAAGGUGGUGUUUGUCUAGGUGCAAAAAUGUAAGCCAACAAGCUCUAGAUCUUUUCACGGAGACAGCCAUGGAAUCUUGGUGCUGUAGCAUUUGUGGUUCAAAAUCCUCAAAAGGAUUUGAAGUAACAUAUGAAGCUCUUCCGAGGCUUUUCAAAACAAAUUUUGAGAGUGGGAUGCUGGAUGAAAUCAUGUUCCUUGGAUUGCCUCAAGAACACAUUUUUCCUUCCGGGUUAAUAAUGUUGGAAUAUGGCAAAGUAGUUCAAGAGAGUGUUUAUGAGAAAUUUCGCAUCGUUCAUGAGGGUAAACUUCGUGUAAUCUUCAGGGGUGACUUGAAGAUUGUUUAUUGGGAAUUCUGUGCACAAUGUCAUGAAGAGUUUGUACAGCAUCAGUUGAUUGCUAGACAGAUUAAUGACUUUGUCGAAGCAGCUCAGAAAUAUAAGAGUGGCAUCGACAAUUUUGAUGGAUCUUUAUCAAAGGAUAUGCAUUCAUCUUGCAACAUAGUGUUUGAAGAACUAUUCAAGGUUGAAGGAAGGAAAAGAGACAAGGACCGCCCACAGUGGGGUAACCACUAGAGAUGGCUCAGAUGAUGGGCAAGAGGUAGAUAAUCGUUUCUCAAAAAAAAAAAAAAAACAGAACUUGUAUGGUUUGGAGAGAGAGGUUUUGGUGGUUUCAGUCUAUAUAUCUUAAUAUAUACGAGUGUAUUUU